UGACGAUCCUGUUCAUUUACGUAAUUACAAAAAAAGAAUUAAAAGAAAAAAGAACAAUAAAAAUAAUAAUACUAUUAAUAAUAAUAAUAAUGAUAAUAUUUUGAAUGAGGAAUUAGAAGAUAACAUUAAUCAAACAAAUGUAGUAAAUAAUACAAAAGCGUUUUUCAAUAUGGGAACUCUUAAUAUUAGAGGAAUGACAAAAUUAAAAAUGAUGAAUAUUAAAGAUGUGUUAACGAAAUAUAAUUUUGAUGUUUUAGCGGUUACUGAAACAAAAAUUAAUAUUAAAUAUGGAAAAUUUUUAAUGCAAGAAGUUGGAAUUAACAAAAAUUAUACGAUGUUUGGAACAAUAGAUAAUACCAAUAUUAAUAGUACAGGACUCUUAGUCUUUAUUAAAAAUAAUAUAGCAAAUCACGUAACCAAAGUUCAAAAUCAUAUGGGAAGAAUAUUAGAAAUAAAUCUUAAUUUUAGCAAACACAACAAAUUAUCAAUAAUAUCAAUAUACAAUAAAAGUGGUAAUUCAACUGAGGCAAGGAAUUUACAACAAACUAUUAAUCAAUUAGUGAUAAAUAUGAUUAAAGAUACACGAAGGAAUCAAUAUCAGACAAUGCUAUUAGGAGAUUUCAACCUUAGAUAUGCUAAAUAUGAAAAAUUAAAAAAUAGAGGCGUUAGAAUAGACAAUCAACUUAGUAUUUUUAAAUAUCUGGAAAACCAUGAUUUUAUAGAUGUACAUAAAGAUUCCUUAGAAAUAGAUGAUCAGCAACUAAUGGAACGCUUUAGCACAUUUAGCAAUUAUGCCACAUUCUCUCGUAUUGAUUAUAUAUGGAUGACAAAUAAUCUUUAUAAUGCAGUAAUAAAAACAAAUAUAGUAGAAUAUAAUAGGAUGGAUACUGACCAUAAGCUAAUAUAUGUUAGAUUAAACAGAAGAAUUAUAAUUUCACAACCAUCACUACCAACCAAAAUAAAAAGAUCUUAUAGAAUAAAAUAUUACUAUGAGGAAUUAAACGAUGAUGAUAAACAGAUGAUCACUGACACAGCUGCUAAGGAAUUAGAAAAUAGGUUAAAAAAUUAUAAACCUAGUAAUAUAGAAGAGAAAUGGAAUAUUUAUAACCAUGUGAUUUCUAUAACAAAGAAAAGCCAUAUAAAACAUAGCGAAAUUAAAAUAUCUUUUGAAAAAGAAGAUCAAGAUAUCAAAAAUACAUUGGAAUAUAGAUUUUAUAGAUAUAUAGUUUACAUUAGAAGGAGUCUAAAAAAAGAUAAAAAAUUUGCAAUGAUUAAAGACAAUUGGAAAAUUAUAAUCAAAAAUUUACGCUCUAUGAUUAAAGCCUUAGAAAUUAAUAAUGAAUUUUAUGUGUUAAGUUAUAACUUUAGAAAAAUUCUUAAGUAUACAUAUUUGAAGGAAAUGAAAGAACUAUAUUCUAUAGCAUAUAUAUUUUUGAAUACUGAGAUGAUAAAGAGGAAAGAACAAAAGAUUAUGGAAGCAAUAGCUAAGCGACAACAGGAUUUAGAAUACAAUCAAAGACAUAUGAUCGAUAAUGUUAUGGAAAGGGAAUUCAAAAAAAUUAAUAUAGAUAGGUUAAUAGUGCAAGAUAAAGAUGGAGAAGAUAUUUUAGUAACGAAUGAAGGAGAAAUUAAAAAGUUAGUGGCAAAUCAUUUCCAGAAUUGUGCAGGAUCUAUAAAUUGCGAAAAAGAAAUUCCAGCUGAAUGGAUUGAUGAAUAUAGGCCAAAAGAAGAAUUAUCUGAAUCAACAUAUGAUAGUGUUUUAGCUCCUAUAACUUUGGAAGAAAUAAUUGAGAUAGGAAAAAUGUUACCAGGAAAAAAAGCAAAUGACGAAGUUUAUAAUUUAAAAGGGACGAUUCUAUUGCCGACCACAGUUUUACCAGAAAAAGGAGCAACAGUUGUUUCAAAAAUGACUAGAGGAGUUUCACAAAAUUGAACAAUCUUUGGAAGAAUUAUUAAAAUAGAUAGGGAUAAUAAUGUAGUAUUUUUUAAUCAUUUUGAAAACUUGACAGAUGAUUAUGAAAAAAAUAUAAUCCUAAGGAAGUGUAAAGGUUGUGAGUUAGGGAUAAUUAAUGCAGAUGUAUUCAAAGGAGAAAUUAAAAGUAAU